AUGACAAGCACACAAAAUGUUGCAGGAAUCGUAGUUGUCGCGGUUGCUCUUGCUGCCGUGUGUUACAGCAAGGAUGCUUCUCCACGCAGCUUUUGGAAAGGACUACCGGACUUUGCUCAGUUGACAGGCUUCCCUCAUCCAAAGCCGGUACACGGUUUUAACAUAGCUCACGCUCGUCCUCGUCCAUACCGGCCUUUCAGGUGGGAAUAUCAUCAGAACAUGUCCCUCAAGAAACUAGAACCAGACUAUUGGCUAGAGCUGGAGAGUACAUAUCGCGAUCGCAUUGCGCAACGGCAGCAAAUCUAUGCCCUCCAUGGCAAACGUAUCAUAGAUGAGCUGCCCGGUAGCGAACCAGCUUCAAAGGAGUUGAUGGAAAUGGUCAUCCAGUACCUCUGCCUGAGAUACCCCCAACAGUUUGAGUUUGAUGAAUGGACUUUGACGUUCCACAACCACAUCCUCGGCACGACGGCUAACAUCUCAACGGUGCAUCCACUGGUUUUCUUACUUGAGAAUGAAGACCCUGAUACUGGGCUCUACACCCUACGAGCUGCCGUCUCGACAUCAGCAGUUGGCUGGAAUAUCAGUCAGAAGAUAGGCAAACCACUGCACGACAUUCAUGGCCCUGUUCCCGAUUAUAAGGAGAAGAUGGCGUUCUCAAUGGACAGGCAAGUAAUGUGGUACUUUUCUAAGAUGCCUUGUAAUAAGCCCAUUCAGCGAGGGUCUUGGGGCCUUGAAAUUGGGGAGCCUCUCUAUCUUCAGACGGAUGAACCAGAGUGGAGUCAUCGUCAACAUCAGAAUCCGGACCUUCCUCUCUCCGACAUUCACAUGCGUGUUGACUGGCAAACAUUACGCCGCCUGCCAAAAUCCCGCGCCAUCGUGUUCAACUUCAAGGCCUUAUUCACGCCGGUGACAGAUUUCCGCGAGGAGCCAUUUAUUCCAAGGUUGCUUCUGAAGGUUUUACUUGAAGGAAAGAAGGCGAUCAUGGAGUACAAAGGAACAUGGUCCGUCGAGCACAAGGUUAUACCUGCAUUACGAGAGUGGGCAAAGGAGCAGGAGGAUAAGGGAUGGGUCCCAAAAGAUUGGCAAGAGAAGACAUUGAACGAGGACCCCUUUUAUCCCGGGUGGGAGAAGCACUACCUGAUUGCUACUUAA